CUGUAUGGAACACAGCUACCAUGCAACACUGUGAUUAUUAUCUGUGCCUCACCAUCUACAUCUUCACCUUCAUCACUGGCUUCCCGGCCAACGUCUUGGCCUUCUACACGCUCAGCCGCAAGGUUUGGAGGAAGCCGGCACCCAUCGAUAUCCUCCUCCUCAACCUGAUCAUCUCAGAUUUGCUCUUCCUCAUCUUCCUCCCCUUUAAGAUGCAAGAAGUGGCCAAUAAUAUGGAGUGGAACAUUGACUACUUUCUGUGUCCGCUGUCUGGCUUUGUCUUCUACAUGACUAUCUACAACAGCACCUUCUUCUUGACCGCGGUGAGCGUGGAGCGCUACCUUGGCGUGGCGUUCCCAAUCCAGCACUCCCUGUGGAGAAGACCCAUCUACGCCGUGUUCGCCAGCAUCUUCAUCUGGGUGUUUUCCAUCCUCCAUCUCAGCAUUGUCUACAUCAUGCCCUACUAUAACCCAUCCGGGAUGGUCCCACCAUCCCGAAACGUCUGCUAUGAAGAAUUCACCAAUGCUCAACUGGAGAUCCUCUUGCCCGUACGCUUGGAGUUGUGCAUCGUUCUCUUCUGCAUUCCCUUGUUUAUUUGCAGCUUCUGCUACAUAAACUUCAUCCACAUCCUUUCGAGGCUGCCAAACAUCGGCCGACGGAGAAAGCUGCGGGCGAUUGGAUUGGCUUUGGGGACGUUGUUGGUGUUUGUGCUCUGUUUUGGACCCUACAAUGUCUCCCAUGUGGUCGGUUUCAUAACCAAAUCAAGCCCAGCUUGGAGAGACAAAGCCCUUCUUCUAAGCACCUUCAAUGCUUGUUUGGACCCGAUUAUUUUUUACUUCACCUCUGCGGCUGUUAGAAACACACUUGGGGCGAUGGUGAGGAGCAUUUGGGGUAGAUGUUGGUGUCCACAAAUCCUAUGGAGCUCAAAGAAGGAAUCUCCUGAAACUGAGAAAAACAGUGUGCCGAAACCACAAGAGCUCACAAACGCACUUUGACCAAUGUUUCAUGUAGCCAAGGAAAUUACCGUGCAAUUAUUUUUGUACACAAAUGCAGCAGGGUAAACAUUACUCCACUUCCUUGUAAGAUGACAGAAGCAACAAGGAUU